AAUUUCUACUAACGUAGUUAAAAUGCGCGGUAAAAUAUCGCAUAUAUAUAUGUAUAUAUAUAUAUAAAACGUAUUUGCUACCGAUAAUUUGCAUAGUUUUGUUAUAAUCAAAAAAAUUCACUUAAUUUAAUCAUGACAGUAUUGAAAUUCGCAAAAUUAACUGAAAAAGCAUUUGUACCAACAAAAGGAUCAAAAUAUGCCGCUGGAUAUGAUUUAAGAAGUGCUUAUGAAUAUAUUGUGCCUCCAAAUGGUAAAGAACUUAUUAAAACUGAUUUACAAAUUGAAGUUCCUGAAAAUACAUAUGGAAGAAUAGCACCGCGUUCAGGAUUGGCAUGGAAAUAUCAUAUUGAUGUAGGCGCUGGCGUUAUUGAUGCUGAUUAUCGCGAAGAAAAUGUAUGGAAGCUCUGUCAGGAUGUAGCAACUAGACAUGGAUCAGAAUUACAACAUUGUUACGUUGUUUUUGUGAGCAAUUCCUGGCGUAGCGUACCGCUUUGGCGACAACGAGCAGGAAAGGACGAGGAUAAGCUUGUAGUUUGGGACUUCCAUGUAAUUCUUAUCUAUGCACCCGACGAAAGAGCAGUCGUAUAUGAUUUAGAUAGCGCAUUACCAUUUCCAACGCAUUUUUGGAAAUACGCGAUGGAAACAUUCAGAUCAGAUGAAGUGCUGCAACCAGAGCAUCACAGAAGAUUCAGAGUAAUUCCAGCCAAUGUGUACUUGCGAGAAUUUGCUUCGGAUCGGCAUCAUAUGAAACGUGAGGAUGGAACGUGGAUCAAGACACCACCGGAUUAUCCGCCAAUUUCAACAUCAACAUGCAAGGACAACUUGGAUUCGUUUAUUAAUAUGGAUCCGGGAACCGGAUUCGGGGUUGUAUUAACUUUAGAUCAGUUAUUCGAACGAUUUCAUAGGCCACUUGCGAACGCAACAGCUCCUCGUACACCUCAUCCGCAGCCAACACCAACUUAAGUAAAUUAUUAAGUAAGUUUUGUCAGGAUAAUGUUUAUUUGCUUCAAUUUCCAAUUGUCAAAAAAUCAAUUGUAUGGCCUAAGGGAAUUGGUUAGGUGCAUGUACUUAUCUUUGUGAGCUGAAAUAUAAGAUUAAAAUUCGAUAAUAACAUUACUUAAACAUUAUUAAACAUUGAAAAUCGCAAUUUCUAUGAAUUGAAACGAAUGAUAAUACAUAGUUCAAAAUCGA